CGGAGAGGAGUUUCCUAGCACAGGGAGGAGGGGGGAAGAUUAAAAAAAAUGGGAAACUCUUGUCGAAAGCGGCUGUGUUUGUUUUAACGUUGCUUCUAUUUCAACUCAUUUCCUGCUGCGGCAUUUCAAGCUGACAGUGCGUUUCCUGCUGCCUAACACAACAUCGCUGAUUCAACCACUGGACUGGUGUGAUCCACAUUCAAGGCGUACCUAUUUUUUUUAUGGCGAACUAUCUCUCAGAGGCUGCAAGCAACAGACGAUUUUGAAAAUCCCGGGAGUUUACCAACGGUGAGGGAAUGGUGGAAGUCGGAACACUUGGCACAAAUGGCGAUGGACAUGGACCCAAGUUUAGAACAGAGUCAGCAUUUCAGUCGUUCCCUGCCAUCAACCCUUCUUCCCUACAAGCAAAUUUAUGCUGAAAAACAAAAUGCUGCCAAGCAAACAACCCUCACCACUUUAUUCAAAUCGCUGUAAUCUUCUGUUGCCGGCAGUUCUAAGAGUUCUGUGAGUCUUCCUUCACCCCUUGCUGUGCUUGAUAUUAUCCUGACGACCACAACCAUCCACCUUAUCCGUGUAAAGCUGCCCGACACCACAACAACCACUCAUCUCCCGGAGCGAACACACCUGCCACUGUUGGUUUCCGACUAAUUUAAUAAAGCAGUUUGAUUGGAAGCAACUUAAUGGAAAAACUUGAAACUUUUAGAUGAGACUGACAGAUCAUGCAGUCAACAGGGCACCGAUUCCGGGAUGUUGAGCAUCAUCCUUUGCUGAGUUCCGAAGAUGACUUUGAAUGCUCACCUGCCAAUGUGGAGACGGUGGAUCGGAUCUGGUUUAUCCGAGAUGGAUGUGGAAUGAUUUGCGCUGUCAUAACUUGGCUUCUGGUUUUAUAUGCUGACUUUGUGGUGACUUUUGUAAUGCUGCUGCCUCCCAAAGACUACUGGUACUCGCUGAUAAAUGGCAUUGUUUUUAACGGUCUGGCAGUGCUCGCUCUUUCAUCCCAUCUGAGAACAAUGUUAACAGAUCCAGGUGCUGUGCCUAAAGGCAAUGCCACAAAAGAGUAUAUGGAGAGUCUGCAGCUGAAGCCAGGGGAAGUAAUCUAUAAGUGCCCAAAAUGUUGCAGUAUUAAGCCAGAGCGAGCUCACCAUUGCAGUAUUUGUAAAAGAUGCAUCCGGAAAAUGGACCACCAUUGUCCUUGGGUGAACAACUGCGUUGGAGAGAAUAAUCAAAAGUUCUUUGUACUCUUCACUAUGUACAUAGCACUGAUUUCAGUCCAUGCACUGAUACUGUGUGGCUUCCAGUUCUUCUUCUGUAUCAGAGCACAGUGGAGUGAAUGCAGUGGCUUCUCACCUCCUGUAACUGUAAUCUUAAUCAUAUUUUUGUGCCUUGAGGGACUUCUGUUUCUCACGUUCACCUCAGUAAUGUUUGGCACACAACUUCAUUCAAUAUGCAAUGAUGAAACAGAAAUUGAACGGUUAAAAAAUGAAAAGCCUACAUGGGAAAGGAAGCUACGAUGGGAAGGAAUGAAGAAUGUUUUUGGAGGACAACCUUCGUUUCUAUGGAUUAAUCCUUUCUCAGGCAUUAGAAUAAGGCGACUCCUUCCUAGACCGAUAAAGGGAGGACCAGAAUUUGCUGUUUAAGAAAAACUUUUCUGAGAAAGUAGUCUUUCUAAUAUUAAAAUUAGCACAACAAGACUUCAUUCUUUUCCACAGUCUGCCUUUAAGGUACUAUGGAUUAAAUAACUGCUGCCUGUUAACAUUGCACAUAGUAACCUAAUUCUGAGCAAAUCUCAUGAAGUCUGGAACUAGUGAACUGACAGAAAGCUCCAUCGGCCAUCAUACGAAUGGAUUGGAAAGAUCAAACUGUAGCUUUGAAUGGACAGUUAGACAUCCUAAAUCUACUGUACAAAGUUGCUCAUUUUGUAAUAUUGCAUCAAUGUACUAUUUGUGACAUAAUCACAAAAUAUUUGGGUGUAAACCACAAUGAAAUUGAUGUCAUUUUAGUAAUAUUGCUUAAGAAUGUUCUUAACAUAAAAUUUGUCCAUUUAAUCAUUUUCAAUCCAUUUAGCAUUCAUGAAAAUACGUUUCAGGUUCCAUACUUAAAACUGUUAAAUGAGAUAAAACAUCAGUUGGCAUUGAAUAAUUUCUUUAUCUGUUUUAUAUUUUUAUAUGUAUAUAAAAAGAACUCUAAAGAAGGGGAAACUUUAUUUUUUCAGUUCAUGUAUAUUUGUGUUUUUUUUUAUUUCAUGAAAGCUUUUUCCCUUUGACUGUGGUAUGGGUGUGCACUGUUACAACUCAAAAGUUUACCUUGAACGUAACUACGUUUUCACUUCUAUUUAUUUCUUUGUUAAAAUACAAAGAUGAAUUGUAAGUGUAAGAUUGUUGAUGCUUCUGAAAUUGAAAUGAACUAUCUUCAUUACAAAUCAUCUCAUUAGUUUAAUGUAGAAUGAUUGCUCAGUAUAUGGAAUAGAAUAAAAUCUAUUGUUUCUAAUUAUCUGAAACGUAAAAUUUGGUUGAAACCAACAUAGAUGCAAUGAUUUACAGUAAUUUCAUUGUUGCAGAACCUUGUGUUCAUGUACAGUUCAACUUCGAUACGACUUAUUGUGAUGAGGUGGAUGAAAUAUGCUUUCUGCAGUCUAGAUCAGCAGAAAGUAUAAUCCUGUCAACUAGUAGGCUGUAUUAAUUUUUCAGCUGACUUAAAUCCUUCAACCCUCAAAGAAACUUAUCAGAACUCAGCUGAUAGAAAGUAAAUGUUAAUGUUUGAUUUCUGCUCCUAAGGUAAAGCAUCUAGUAUAUAACCUACUCCCCAUAUGAUAUGAUGUAUUGAACAAGUAUACAAAGGUGCAAGCAUUACACUAACAGAAUGUAGUGACAGUUUGAGCAUUAAAUGUCAAUUGAAUGUAACUUAUGAUUUAAGAG